CUUGCAACCACCAGUUUUAUCCAGUUUACAGUAACACAAAUCUCAUAUACAAUGCAAACCCAUAGCCCCUCUCCAAACCUCCCUAACAAUUUUGGGAGGAACAUGGCAGACUCAUCAGACCAUAGUCACCAUACCUCUGAUAAGAUCAGUAAGAAGGAUAAAAAAGAGGCAAUAACUGAGGAUUCUAAGCUAGAAUUCUCUGAGGAUGAGGAGAUGCUCAUAGCCAGGAUGUUCAGACUAGUUGGAGAGAGGUGGUGUUUGAUUGCUGGAAGAAUUCCAGGAAGAACAGCAGAAGAGAUUAAAAAGUAUUGGACUUCAAGGUUUACUUCCUCGAGUGACUCAUGAUCCAAAUUCAGAGUGUUGUCAGUAGUUUUAGCUUUGAUGAGCUGAUGUAUCCGUCUGUGCAAAGUUAUUGUACAGCCAUUAAAAGUUUAUGUAAAUUUCAGGCAGCAUGCUGUGUACCUGCGAGGUUCCAACACUGUAAUGUACUAAAUUAAUAUGGUUUGGUUCUGCAGAAUCCUUGGCAGAACUAUGUACAAAAAUUCUUAUGAGGGUCCGAAAAAGAAUUAGAUCAUUCAACUUUGUGAACUAAAAUCAAGACCGAAAUUAGAGAAAGAGAUCGAG